AUGUAAUCUUUCACAGCUUUAAUCAUGUCUGCAUACAUUCCUAACAUUUCUCAAAUAUCUGAUCUUGUGUGGAGAGUUUUAGGAGACAAUGCCAGUCCUGGGCAUCUACAAGGAACCAAUUGUUACUUAAUUGGUUCUGGAAACAGGAGAGUGUUGAUCGAUACUGGGGAGGAAAACAAACCUGAGUUUCUCAAGAAUUUAAGGAGUACUCUUGCAGAGAAUGGUACCUCAAUACAAGAGAUCCUUGUAACUCAUUGGCAUCAUGAUCAUGUAGGAGGUAUAGCGGAUAUCUUUCAAGAACUUCAAUUAAAAGACGAUGUGAAGGUGUCGAAGCUGCCACGUCAUCCUUACCAAGAUGAAGAGAUCAGUGGAGGUAAACUCAAAUACAACUACCUUCAAGAUGGAGAGAAAGUACAAACAGAGGGCGCUACAUUGAGGGCUGUGUACACUCCAGGCCAUACUGAUGAUCAUAUGAUAUUAGUACUAGAGGAAGAGAAUACAGUAUUUACCGGUGACUGUGUUCUAGGAGAAGGUACAGCUGUGUUUGAAGACCUCUAUACAUACAUGAAAUCUCUGGAAUUACUAGUCUCCCUCAAGCCUGAACGGCUUUAUCCCGGCCACGGCCCCAUAGUUGAUGAAGCUGUGCCUAAGCUUCAGAUGUAUAUUGAUCAUCGUAACCUGAGAGAGAGUCAGAUCAGUGCAGUGCUUCAGGAACAUGGCAGUACAGACAUGGAUGCCAUGGAUCUUGUCAAGAUCAUCUACACAGAAACGCCAGAAAUCCUUCACCCUGCUGCAGCCAGAAAUGUCUCGCAUCAUCUAGAGAAACUAGAGAAGGAAGGAAAGAUUGUGAGGGCAGCAUCUGAUGAGAAGUACUGCUGGAAGAGCAACCUAUGAGGGCGCCCUAGCAUUACCAAGGACAGUGCCAUUGAUUAGGAGAGUUUGGGCAACCGUCCAUGAUGAUAUACUGCCCAUGUUUCAAAUGAUAUUUUUUACAGCUCAUAUUCUCGAAUAGGGCAUGGAAUAUAUAUCUUCCAUGGGAAUAUAUUACCCAUGUUUCUGCUUCAUGAAGAGAAAUGUAGCAAUUCUUAUUUAAAUUACAUUUUUUACAGCUAAAAACUCUUGGGCAGAUUUUUCCAUCCACAGCCCGUACGGAGGUGUGAAUAUAAACCAUGGUGAAUAAUCAAUAAAGGAAAGAAUGCUAUGUAUACUGAAUGACUUAGAUCAUGAAGAAUGAUGUGAUUGAUACUGUGGCAGUGAGGUUCGGUAAUGAAAUGAAUCACUCUGAAAUUGCGAUCAAAACGCAGAAUGUAAUAAUCAAUCUUCAUAUAUUAAUUGCUUUUUCACAUCUGCAACAAACAAAGAAAACCAGCUGUAAACUACACACACAGAAACCUAUAUAUACAUUUACUUAUAUAAGAUCUGUGCCCUUUUCUCAUAAAUUUGUAUUCAAGUUUCUAUAACUGAUGUCAGCUACUGAAAUAAUUGCAUUUGAUUGCCUGUAAGUAGAUUGUCAUAGAAUUGUCUUAAUAGUUAGUCCAAACCAAAUUGUCCUUAUUCUUUAUUUUUUCUUUACAUCUUCUAUCAAAUUAUAUUUUAUUUGGAAGGUCUGUGUAUACAUCUUACUAUGCUUCAUCAUAUGUCAUUUCAGCAUUCACAAACUACCAUAGGAGCCAUGAGUUUAAUGAUAUUAGAAUUGUUUGGGCAUCAAAAAUAUCGAACACACUUACAAUAUUUAUAAUUUAAAAAGCUUAAAACACUAUUAAGUGCUAGUUCUAUACAAUAGAUAAAGUGAAAUAUUUCAUGUAACUAUGCAAUUUGUUGAGAUUAUGAGUGCAUGUUGUAUUGCCUGUACAGCUACCUGAGUGAGCUGCCAAAGGGAUUACUCAAUCAAGUAUCACCCCAAUGGAUGCAUCUACUGAUUAAGAAUUCACAAAUUCAAUUGACAUUUGAUUUAUUCUUGUUAACGGAGGUAGAAUAUUCUAUCUAUCUUCAUUUUGUUUUGUUUUAUUUGUUUAUAAAAAGAGAAAAGUAGGUCAAGCUGUAUUAAAGGGUCACUUUGCAAAGUAAUGACAUAUUUACAAAGCCAUUUUACAUUAUAAUUUAUCAUGUAUUGAAAUUUCAUUAACAUUUGUAUCAUUAAGUAUGUUUUGUUUCUUUUUUCUAUCUUUCUUUCCAGCUAUCUUUCUUUUCUUUUCUUUUUUUCUUUCUUUCUUUCUUUCUUUCUUUCUUUCUUUCUUUCUUUCUUUCUUUCUUUCUUUUUUUUUUUUCUAUUUUAAAAAGCAAAACUGUUGAGAUUAUAUCCUACCAUCAUAUAUACAUAUAUAAACAUUCUUCAGUGUAGAUCAUCUGAAUGAUCUUUUUUAUUUUCAUGUUAAGAUUGAAUCAAAACCGUGCUUAAUAGCAUAUGAAUUAUUUUGUAUGUACACUGGCUUACCUUUCAUAUUCCAUUACUUAUGGAGUUUGAUGAAGUAGAUCAAUUCCAUCAUUCAGUACAAAUAUUUGUUAUUCAUGUAUAUGUAUAAACAAUGGUACCAGCAGAAUGAGCAUGUGGUAAUAUUUGGGUGAUGAGCAUUUCUGGAUCAUGGCAAUAAUAUGGUGAUAUGUUAACAGAAGUUAUUUUAUUAAAUACUAUAAAUCUAUACAUUA